GAAACAAGAAUUCGAAGCUAGAAUGAGAGAACAACUAUCGGGAUAUUUUUUGACAUUAUAUUGGACUUGCCAGUCCUUUAAAUUUUAUUUAGAAUUUCUCGUAUUUCCAGGUGUUUUAUAACAAACAAGAUGGCUAUGUCCGCCAGCGCCGAACUAAGUAAGGCUGUUAAACAGCAGUACAUGGAACUCCCUCAGGGAGACAAAGUCCAAGUCAUGUAUGUCUGGAUCGAUGGAACCGGAGAGGGACUCCGCUGCAAAACCAGAACGCUGGAUUCGGAGCCCAAGAGCAUCGAAGAACUGCCGGAAUGGAACUUUGAUGGCUCCAGCACCUACCAGUCUGAGGGCUCAAACAGUGAUAUGUAUUUGAUUCCUUCUGCAAUGUUCAGAGAUCCCUUCCGCAAAGACCCCAACAAAUUGGUAUUGUGUGAAGUGUUGAAGUACAACCAUAAGCCUGCAGAAACCAACCUUCGUUUGACUUGUAAGAAAGUCAUGGACCUGGUUGAGAACCAGGUCCCUUGGUUUGGCAUGGAGCAAGAGUACACAAUCCUAGGCACUGAUGGACACCCGUUUGGCUGGCCCAACAACGGCUUCCCUGGCCCACAAGGUCCCUAUUAUUGUGGAGUGGGAUCUGACAAGGCCUAUGGUAGAGAUAUUGUGGAAGCCCACUAUAGAGCCUGUCUGUAUGCUGGGGUCAUGAUCUGUGGCACCAAUGCGGAAGUAAUGCCUGCACAGUGGGAGUUCCAGGUUGGUCCUUGUGAAGGCAUCAAUAUGGGUGAUCACCUCUGGGUGGCUCGCUUCAUCCUCCACCGGGUGUGUGAGGACUUUGGCGUGGUGGCCUCAUUUGACCCCAAGCCUAUCCCUGGGAACUGGAACGGUGCUGGCUGCCACACCAACUUCAGCACCAAAGAGAUGCGGGAAGAAGGCGGGUUAAAGGCCAUUGAGGAGUCCAUUGAGAGGCUGGGAAAGAGGCAUAGCUACCACAUCCGUGCCUACGACCCUAAAGGGGGGCUUGACAACGCCCGUCGCCUCACUGGCCACCAUGAAACCUCCAACAUCCACGAGUUCUCUGCUGGCGUAGCCAACCGUGGCGCCAGUAUCCGCAUCCCUCGCACCGUGGGCCAGGAGAAGAAGGGCUACUUUGAGGACCGCCGCCCGUCGGCCAACUGUGACCCGUAUGCCGUGACGGAGGCUCUGAUCCGCACCUGUUUGCUCAGCGAGGAGGGAGAUGAACCUGUGGACUAUUAGACCCAACGAGAUCCAUUGCUCUCUGGACUUAGUCCCCUUCCCCUCACCCUCAUUUUUUUUUUUAAUGGCUGAAAAGUCAAACUAGUACUGUAUUUGUCAUUUUGAUUUUCCACUGAAAUGAUUUUAACCUUGUAUUUUUAUGUAGCUUAAAGUUGGCUGGUCAACUUAACAUGGAAUUAAAUCUGGUGUUAACAUAUGGGAGAGGGGGGGGGAAAUGUCUGACAGGGUAUUGUCUUUCCCCUCGUGUUGGUUUUCUAGUGGGGAGUAUUUGUAACGUAACUGUUUAAGUCCUCAUUUGGUCUCUUUCCCUGCAGUCUGUUGAACUGAAAUGCUCUAAAGCACAUAUUGACACUGAAGACUAGGGCUGGGUGGCAUGUGUCAUUUUCUUAAUAAAACCUAUGGCUAGUUUGUGUACGUUGUAUGUUGACCUGCCUUUAAACUAUGUACUGUUUCAAUGUUAACUAACUAGGAAGUGUAUUUAAAUGGCAAUGUUUCUGUCUCCAGAUUUGACACAUUCCUGGAUCAUGUUGUCUGGUACAUUCUUUAGAUGUCUGGCUCCAAACAGUCUUUUACAUUCGGAUCCGUCUUGCCAAUUGUAGCGUUCCUGUAAGACUCAUGAAGGAGUUUUAUCCUUUGUCCUGAUAUACUGUUAUGGCACCUGAUUUGGUAAAAGCUGCAUUUGCUGAACCUGGUUUUUGUUUUUACAUUUAAACUUUUAUUUUACCACAA